AACUUAAAAACCCUGAACGAAUAAAGUUAGGUAUGUCAACGUCUGGUCUUAUUAUUUAUAUUUUAUAAUUAUUUAUUUACUGCGUGUUAGUAUUUGUAAUAAUGGAGUUUAUUGAAUUGAUACACAUUAAUAAAUUGGACGGUGUUAUUUUAAAGUAUCCCCACCAAGAUAACGUGGAUGGAACUGUAUGUAUCACAGGACAUCACCUUAUUUUAAGCUCUCGAAAAGAAGGCGUUCACGAGCUAUGGCUUCUCCACAAGAACAUAGACUGUAUAGAAAAGAAAGAAAACAAACCAAUCAGUGGUGUAACUCAGGGUGGCUCUCUGUUCUUAAAAUGCAAGGACUUGAGGAUAUUCCAACUGGAUAUAGCUACAACAAAUGAAUUGAACCAAAUGGCCCAAACACUUGAGAAUUUAUCUGGUUUACAAGACCCAGGACUAUUCUACCCAUUCUUUUAUAGACAUAUGCACCCUAUUGUUGAGAAUGGAUACACUCUUUACAGCAUAGAAGGAGAAUUCACAAAAGUAUUAGCAACUGAAGAAUGGCGUGUUUCGCGCGUAAACCAGAACUACUCGGUGUGCCCCAGCUAUGGAAAGGCAGUAGUGGUGCCCAAGUGUGUUGAUGACGAGACCCUCGCCGCUGCCGCAACAUUCAGGCAGGGAGGACGGUUUCCUGUUCUCUCUUAUAGACAUAAUAAUGGGGCAGUUCUAAUGCGCGCUGGACAGCCGCUGUACGGUCCCAAACACAGGCGGUGUCGACCUGACGAAGCGAUAUUGAAUGCAGUGGUCGCGGCCGGUACUAAAGGCAUCAUAUACGACCUACGCAGCUCUAACUCCAUAUCCCAGCAACAAAACAAAGGUGGUGGAACAGAGAGCAACUCGAACUAUUCCCAAUGGAAAAUAUACAACAGGUCUAUGGACGAGGUGGACAAUCAACAACCACUGUUAGAUAGCUACGCUAAACUUAUUGAUGCGUGCAAUGACCGUGAGAUAUCGAGUGACAAAUGGAUCUCCCGGCUCGAGUCGUGCGGCUGGCCUGAGAGCGUGCGCAACUCACUGCACACUGCCUGCAUCGUCGCGCAGCAUAUACAUCAGAAAGCCGAACCGGUGCUGGUCCAUGGAACGCGCGGCGAAGAUGCCACGUUGUUAGUUUGCUCUCUAGUCCAGAUUAUACUGAACCCCGACUGCAGAACUAUACGAGGAUUACAAGCACUAAUCGAGCGGGAAUGGAACGCGGCGGGUCACCCAUGGUACUCCCGGCAGCGCGUGGGUCCGUACGGGGCCUCCACAGCCCGCGCGGCACCAACCUUCCUGCUACUCCUCGACUGCAUCAGGCAGUUCCUCGAACAGUUCCCCUGCAGUUUCGAGUUCCGACAGUCCUUCCUUAUCACGCUAUUCGAACAUUCAUACGCUAGUCAGUUUGGUACCUUCAUGUGCGACAAUGAACAAGAAAGAGAGACCCGAGGGGUGUACUCGCAGACCACCAGCCUCUGGUCCUGGCUGAACCAGCCCGACGAGUUGCCCAAGUACAUCAACCCGCUGUACGACCCUACGCCCAACGUUAUAUGGCCCUCCGUCGCGCCCAUGAGCUUUGUUAUUUGGGAAGAACUAUACCUCCGGUGGUUAGUAAAACAGAACACAGAGGAACGAGAGGAACAGUAUAGCAACAUUCGCGCCCGCGAACAACAACUGCGUGCGCACGCGCAACAGUUGCGACGGGAGCUCUUCGACAUCGCGUCGCAGUACUACGGGCCCAAACCUGACGAUAAGUAACCACUAGUCACUUGUACAUAGUGUAGCUAGCAUUACUUAGGAAUUGGAGAUAUCGAACCAGUAUAAAUUGUUAGUGCAGUCUUUUUGGUUCAAAUUUAACCUUGAACGAACGCUUUUUUUAUUUUUUAAACUUCUAUCCGAACUUUUUAAAAUCAUUUAUCUAAACAUAAACCAAAACUAAACAUAGGCCAAAACAGUUGGUUAAUUUGUGUAUAUAAUAUGGUCUAAAUUACUGUAGUCAAGUGGUUAAUUAAACGCUAGCCGAUAAGAAUUGAUCUCGACCGAAUCGACCUUUGGAAAGACCAUCAGCCAAAGCGGCUCGUAUACAACUCAUGGUUAGCCUAAAACUCUUCUAGAAAAAGGCCGAACCAAAAAAGUUUUUUAAGAAUAAAUAAUCGCAAUAUCACAUAAAAUGAUAUCUUUUUAAAGUCGAUAUAUUUAACACCAGAUAGUGUAUGUCAUUUAAGAAGGUGCUUUAAGUAGCCCACGAAACUUAAUAAUAUCUUCCGAUCGGUGUAGAAUAUAAAUGUGAUAAUACUACAUAUAAUAGCGGUAAUAGCAUGUAUUCACUAUUAUUAAAUUUUAUAUUACCAUUACCAUCAGCAAAAUACGGUCAUUUAAAGAAUAAUAUAUCAAUGGCUUUAUAGGUAUAAUUGUUUUACACAUCAAGAGAAAAAUAAUAAUUUCGCGAGAUACUUUAAAGAUUCGACCUUAUAAAUUAAGUAAUCGAAAGAGAAUUAUUUAAAACUGUGCAGAGAGAUGUUUAUAAAAUGCUAUUUCUUUUUUAUUUAAUAAUAUAGAUUGCAACACAAUCCCACCAAUAAGUUUAAAUGCAAAGUUUUCGGGACAAAAUCGUUACCAAUGAACUUGUGAAGUGUAGAUUCGUGAAGUGUAUAGUCUAUACUUAAAAGUCUAAAUACGACAGAAAGAUAACUAUCACAGUUUUUAUAUGCUUUCAUUUACACCAAAAAAUUUUUCAAUGAACUUAAAUUAUUUCAAGCUGCAAUGCAAUAAAUUAACAGGCCGAUAAAGACGAUUUUUAAAGUUUAAUGUUCGUUCUAAAAGGACUCUUUACCAUUGUUAUAAAAAAUGUAUAAAUAAAGUUGUUUUUGCAACCAUAAUAUGGCGCUAGUGAGACUCAAGGUUAUGCACGCAAUGACUUAAAAAGUUUUGCUACCUAACAGAUGCGUAACGUAUUUAGCGACAAGCUUUGCCCAAUUCUUAAUUCCAAAAUAACCAUACUAUUUACAUAAUUGAUUAAUCGAACCACUCCGGCAGAUCUUUGAAAAACCCUUGUAAUAAACUGCCGUGGCCUAAGUACAUAACACCAAUUAUAAUAAAUAACAAAAAUGAACACGAUUUAUAUGUAAAUGUCAUCGUUAUUGUAUUAAGCUGUUUGUAUUGUAUUAAAAGCCUACGCUGUUAAAAAGCAGAGAGAAUUAGUAAAUAAUACUCUUUACGCUAAUUUUGAAAUUAGAUUAAAAAAUUUAAGGGUUUUUUCCAACGACGACCUAAUUUCGGCUUGAACAAUUUUUGUAAUAACAUCUCCAAAAGUUAGUUAAAAAUGUUUUCGGAAUAUUUUGUAAGUGAACAGUUAUAUACAUGAUUUUUAAGUUAAAAUGGACACAUGAAAUCGUCGUUCCAACCCGCUUUUCUUAUG